AUGAGAAAAUACAUCCCUGAGGAGAAACCAGACAUUCCCCCCAGUGAGCUGCUGGAAACGGAUAAAAACAUACUCUUGGUUGGUAAACCUGGAAUUGGAAAGACAGCACUGACUCAUGAAAUGCUGAGACUCUGGGCAGAAAGAGAAAGCAAAGAGCCUGAUUACAUGUUUUACUUUGACAUGAGGGAAAUAUCUGACAUCAUAAGGGACAAAAACUUAGAGGAACUUCUUUUUGGUGUGUUCUGUGAACCUGAUGAAGGCAAAGAUGAGGUCUUACAGGAGAUAGAGAGACACUCUGACAAUAUCACAAUAAUCUUUGAUGGGAUCACAGAUCUCUCCUCACAGGUGGUCAAGAAAGUUUUAACAAAGAAACUACUUCCUCUUGCAAAGAUCAUCAUAACAUGCAGACCAGAUAAUGAAGACUUCCUUUCUGGGGACUUUCACAAAGUGGAGGUGAAAGGCUUUAGUGAGCAGACUAUUAAAACAUACUUGUCUGCAACACUCGGUGAAGAUCAGAAGAAAGUUUUGAGUAGCGUGGAGCUGGUAACUCUUUGUCAUGUCCCCAUGUAUGCACUGAUGGUCGCUGUUUGCUUUUCAUCAAAAGAUGCUCCACAGCCAUGUACAGUAACUGAGAUAUACAUCAAUAUUGUUCGAUUCUGCCUUCAGAUAAACAGCCAAAAAACGAACAAAGAUCUAAAUUCCUUCAUCAAAACCAAGAGAGAAGAAAUUCUGUCUCUGGCUGAAGUUGCUUUUCUUGCAACCCAACAAAAAACUGUGAAUCUGACAAACCUGACCUGUAAAGACAUCUGUGUCCUGUCCUUCCUGAAACCACUUCUCAUCAAGGUGGCCCCGACUGAAACAAUAACCACACAUGCAUUCCUCCAUUACACAGUGCAGGAGUUUUUUGCAGCACUGUGGCUCCUGAAGAAUCCUGAUAAAGUCAGAGAUGUUUUUCAGCAGUGCCUCACAGAGGAGAAGAAACACAUGAAACAUCUGAUCCCCUUCAUGUGUCGACUGCUGAAUGAGAAGAGCCCAAGUUUGAUGAAGCAUCUGAUUCCAGAUCAGGACCUGAAGAAUACAUCUAACUGGUUCUUCAAGGAGCUGAUAAACACAUUUCUUCCUCAUCUGUGUGAGCAAGAAGAGGCUGAUACUGAGGGCAGUGGGCUCCAUGUCGACAUACUGUAUGCCAGUGCUUACAAACUGGACUACCAUCUUGACCUCAGUGGAGACAGUCUGGAUCCUUACCCUUGCUGUGCUGUGGCCUAUGUGGUCACUCAGUCAAAGGAAAGGAAAAUAAGGCUGAACCUCGAGGACGUGAUCAUAUCAGAACAAGGAAUGAGACAGCUGUUUGAAUGCUUUAAAAAUGUUCAGGGGUCUGGCCCUCUGCCUCGACAGCUUUGGGAGAUUUUUCUUAUCAAUGAAGAGCAGAUGAACUUUGUAAGCUUAUUCAUCCUAGAUGGAAACCUUCACCUUCUAGUUAAUGCUGAAAAGAAGCUUUUUGAAAGAGCUGUGGAAAUCAUGCAGAGGAUGCCUACAAAGGUUAAUGUGUGCCUCCGCUGGGACAAGGAAACUCCUGCCUGUCACAAUCAGUGUGAGUCUCUGUUAAAGGCUUUGCCGUUCAUCAGCUCACUCAGACUGAGUGAAGAGAGCUUCCAGCAGCUUCUGUGUCUCCUCCAUGAAAUCCAGGACAAGGACUUGACGUUGUCCUUCUUCAGUAAGGUUGGUGGAGACCUGACCUCCUGCUGUCUGAACUGGGAGCUUCUUCACUAUCUGCUGCAGCAGGCGUCAGCUCAGACCAUCACUGUGAACCUGAGGAAGAACCUCUUCUUACAGGAGGAAACCACACGUCUGCUUCCCUUUCUGGACAGGAUUGUGUUUAAAAGGCCCAGUCCCAGCUUUGUGAUGAGCUCCAUCAGAGAGCUCUACAGAGCUCAUGACAGUCACGCUGUGCCCAGUUUACUGAGGUCACUUGGUCAUGUGAUCAACCUGAGCAGCAGAGAGCUGGACUCAGUGGACUGUGCUGCUCUGAUCUUCAUCCUCAAACACGGAGACGGAGUCAAACUGAACCUCCUGUGGACCUCCAUACCAGCAGAGGGAGCAGAGUCCAUCCUCUUCAUGCUGGACAAAGUUUCUCAUCUCAGUGUUGACAGGAAUCAGCUGCUGAGGUUCAUCCACUGCUGUGCUGCCUGUGACGUCCAGCAGGAGGCAGCGUCAGGCCUGCUGAGGACUCUGCAGCACAGCUUGGAUCUGUCCUGCUCCUCCUGUGUGGAGCUACCAGAGGAGGAUCAGCCUGAGCCUCUGAGUCUGACCGCUGAUGACUGCAGGGCCGUCUCCACCAUCCUGACACACAGCAGCCGGGACACACAGCUCGACCUGCGAGACUGUGAGGUGGAGGACAGCGUGCUGGACCUGCUGUUUCCUGUCCUCCACAGGGUCCACCUCAGGUGGGAAAGACCACAGAAGAGUCUAAACCAGAGAGAAUUUCUCUUUGCUCUGUUUGUCCUGUUUAGAGUCAGUAAAACUGUCCUCCUGCAGCUGCUGUCUCUGGUUCCUGUGAACAGUGAGAGGGACACAGUGAGGCGGGCGGUGUCCCUGUGUAGAGCCCUGGGUGGAGAGCUGGAUCUCAGUCACAGCACGCUGGAUCAGAGGGCCUGUGGGUCUUUGGUCCAGAUGCUGGACUCGUGUGAAGGGCUGACAGAGCUGGACCUCAGUCACUGUCAGCUCACUGACCAGCUGCUGCUCCCUCUCAUCACACAUCUGCACAAAGUCCAAGUCCUGGAUCUGAGUCACAAUCAGAUCACUGAUGCUUCGACUGAUGUGUUACUGCAGCUGCUCUCCAUCAACCCCUCCAUCGACUGUGUGCGACUCUACAGCAACAACAUCGUGCACAGAGCAGCCUUCAAGGAACACAAGCAGUUUGAGAUCUGGUGAAGCACUCGUCACCAUCAUCAU